AUGAAAGCACUGGUAGGCCAAAUCAACAAGAGCCUGAACCAGAUGAGGAAAGAAAAGGCAAUAUCAGAAAAGGAUUGGAGACAAAUGAAACCCCAAGAUGCUGCCCUAGCGCGCUUUUAUGAUUUGCCGAAAAUCCACAAGCCAAAUGUCCCCCUACGGCCCAUUGUGGCGCUGAAAGGCACGCCUACAUACGGACUGGCUAAAUGGCUUGCCAAGCAUUUGAAGAAGCUGACGGACGGCUCAGAACACACAGCUGUAUCGUCAACACACUUCCUGGAAAGACUAAAAGACGUCACAAUAGCCCCCGACGAAAUAAUGGUAUCUUUUGACGUCGUCUCUCUAUUCACCUCCAUCCCUAAAGAAUUGGCCAUGGGAGCUGUCGAUGACCUACUGAAGAAAAGGUACGACGAAGAGGGAAAACCUUUUAAGAGGAGGCACGCGAUGGAACUACUGGACUACUGUUUACACACGUACUUCACGUUUAACGGCCAAAUUUACGAGCAAAUCCAAGGAGCCCCAAUGGGGUCCCCAAUCUCCGGCUACCUGGCUGAGGCGGUCUUGCAGGAACUGGAAACCCGGGUCUUCCAGACAUACAAACCAAAAUUCUGGAUGCGCUACGUAGACGACACCUUUGUCAUCUUACACCGAGACGCGAAAGACAACUUUAAAAGAGAAUUGGACUCAGUUUUUCCACAAAUCCAAUUUACCAUGGAGGAAGAAAAUAACGGAGUACUCCCUUUCCUCGACGUCCAGGUAUCGAGGCAGGAAGACGGAACCCUCCAGACUGGUGUCUUUCGAAAGGCGACAGACACGGAGAAAAUUCUUCAUUACAACAGCAAUCACCCCCUGUCGCAUAAGCGCAGUUGUGUCCGGACCCUUUUUCGCCGCAUCCACACACACUGCAGCACAGAAGCCGAGAAGCUGCGGGAGCGUAAAACCCUAUGGCGCCUCUUCCUUGCCAAUGGAUAUCCACGCAGUUUUGUGAACAAAUGCUUGUACCGAAGGCACACGAAGACGGACGAUGAGAAGAAACAAAGACCAGAAAUCUUCCGUGUCUUGCCCUACGUGAGUAACGUCUCCGAAGCCACUGAGCGCAUACUAAGGCCGCUAGGCGUGGGCGUUGGUCACCGACCGGAGGCCACCAUCCGCCGCUUAAUCAUGCAGCCCAAGGACCGGCUACCACCUGCAGACACGUCAGGCGUUAUUUACCGCGUCAAAUGUCUGGACUGUCCAGCCAACUACUGUGGCAUGACCGACAAACGCCUAAGAACGCGCAUGCAUGAGCACACUUUGGCCGUAAGGCGAAAGGACGUACUAUCGCAUGUCGCCAUGCACUGCCUGGAAAACAAUCACAAGUUCGACUUUGACGGCGUCCAGGUGCUCGGCCGAGCCGAAAGCAAACUGGCGAGGGAAGUAAUCGAGGCCUGGAAAUCAGACACGAACUCUAUCAACCGAAGUAUCGAUUUGCCAGCGCCAUACGAGGCCGUCACGCACCAUCUACGCGCGAGAGGGGGGGCAACGAGAAGCGAACGGGACGAACCUAUCGGGUGAGAGUGCAAAUGGCCUAUUUAAACCCUGUAUUUCUCGCUCAGCCUAUCUCCGAAGAUGUGCUCGAGUGUGAACACGAAACGUCAGAUGAAUAAACCUUCUUCCCCAGAGAUCGCCUCAUCCUCCUCUUCCAUAUUAACACCUGGGGUCAGCAUUUUUGCCUAUAUCCAUAUAUAUAUAUACUUCACUUCUCACUGCCUUUCCUCUAUUCUCUUGACUACACUCCCUUCCCUCCCUUAGUUUUACAUUUCCUCUCCUCCUUUCUCCUGUCUUCGCAUUCUCAAAAGUCCUAGAUCGAUAUCAACACGCGACCCCGUAUGCGGCCCAGGCUGACUCGAGCUGCUUUCCACUAAAGAAAGCCAUUACCCAUAGUGAAGUCCAGUGGCCAUCGGGGAUGUAUCAGCAGUCCUAUCUAGGGAUAGCACUGCCUACGGGUCUGUGGGAGGAAAGACUACAGAAAUAUGUUCGAAACAGAUGGUGGGAAAUCUCGCCAUCUGCAAGUAUGCCAUGCGCGUAGAUGAAAAGUUUGCGGUCGGAACAAAACUAUUCACAGCAAAAAGCACCCCUGCUCCUCGCCCCAUCCCACAUGCUGACAAAGUGGGUCUACCCACUCGGGCAUUCUGAAAUUCUUGUUCCCUUUUAGACAGUCCAAGGAGUAACCGGCCCGAGCGGAGGACAGCCCUAUUCACCCAAGGGCCUGCGCGCUACCAGCCGAAUAUAGCUUCUUUCAGUCAAACUCGCGUCUCUGGACAAUGGCGAUCGGCAGAAAUGGGUGUCGGCUACACAUACGUCUGUGGUGGCUACUCAACUGCAGAGCGACGCAACGUCUUCGUUGCCUUUACCAUUCAGAAUUAUCUCAUGGGACGACUGUCCUGUCUCCCGCCAGGUAUCAGCGACCGCCGCAUAAGCCUGCUCCUGACUAUUCGGGGAACCAACUCUGUCACGAUCGCAAGCGCCCGCGCCCCUCAAUGACCAGCGCCGCCGACGGAAACAAAUAAACACUACGAGGACUGUACCGAAGGCAGACAACCUGAUCGUCCUUAGCGAGUCCAGUUUCCGUGUUGAGACAGACAAUGCCGUCUGGAGGGAAUACAGAGUCUCCAUGGGAUAACCGGCUGCAACUAGAACGGCUUUCUCACGCUAUGUGCCCAAGUAGAAUACCGGCUCCUGUUAGUCAGCACUUUCUUCCGCUUUCUGAUGCGGAAAAUGUCGACCUAGAUGCACCUCCGAUGGCGGCGCUGACAUCUGCUGGACUAUGCUCUCGUUCGGAGACGACAUCGAUACGACGUUUUGGCCGCGAAUGUCAUUAGCGACGCCGACGGCUAGGCUGUCCACCGUCUCUUAAUCUCUGAGAUGAGGCUCCGUCUACAAUCGCAUAGGAGACCGUGGGAAAAGCGACCACAAGAUAAGCUGAGUACUGCUCCGACAAAUCUGUCCGCUUGCAGCUUUUAUUUCAACAAUUAACUGACCAAACAGUUUGAAUAUGAACAACCUCCAGAUGAAGACGCUACUGCAGAGAAUCGUGGUUUCAGCUGAGGAAUGCUAUCAAGUCCAGUGUCUUCAGUGUUUUCGGAUGCGCACGUCAACAGCACUAAGGUUUUCGAUGAAAACAAUGCUAGUAUCAACAAUCUGCUCGCCGAAAACCACAGACUGGACAAACCUACAUUGACCUCGGAUUUACGUAAGCAAUUCGGCAUUCUUCAAGUGUCGCCGCCUCGUGCACAAAAGGUUGCGAGAGAGGCAGGGCACCUGGAUGACUCGAAAGGCCAAAGCAAUACAGGGACAUACGGACCGAAAUGAAAAAAACUUCUUCCCGUCGAUCAAGGCGGUCUACGGCACCACAACCAAAGAAACUACGCGGCUUCUCAGCUCCGGUGGAACAACAUUAUUGACGAAGAGAUCACAGACCGUGAUGUGCUGGGCCGAGGGGGUCAAAAGUGUCUCCAACCGCCCAUUCCCGAUCUCCGACGGCGCCAUCGACCGGCUCGUCCAAGUGGGAGCGACCAACGACCUAGGCCUCUCGCCUUCUCUGCAAAAAAAACUAUCAAACCUGCACAUCAGCACUCCGGCGGGAAAGCACCGGGAUCCAUUCCGAUCCCAGUCGAAGAUUACAAACUCAGCGUCUUCAGGUUGAUAUACUAAAUUACAAAUGAAUUCUAGGAGAUGUGGCGGCAAAUACAAGCUCUUCAGGAUUUCAAGGACGCGAUAGUCGUCCAUCUCCAAGGAGGAAAGUGUACCGGCAACUCUAUGAUACCAAUAGAGAAUUGUCGCUGCUCAGGAUUACCUGGGAGGCACUUGUUCACAUCUUCCUCAACCCCCUCAACUGCCCUUUGGAAUAGGGACCUCUCCCGUGUGGCUAGUGUGGCUUUCGCGGAACCACCGAUCUGGUUCGCUCCUGCCUUCAGCUACAAGAUAAAUGUUAGCAAAUAUGGACUCACCUCCACAUUACCUUUGUAGAGCUGUUGAAAGCCUUUGAUACGAUAAACUGCAAUGGGAGCUGGAAAAUCACGCGGGAAUUCGGCCGUCCUGGGAGAUUCCCGCACACGGUGCAUCAGCACCACGGUCGGACGAUGGCGCGAGUCACACCAGUAUACGCGCCGGAUAUGCAGCAGUUAGACUCUCGGGUAACCCCCCUAGCAGAGAGGUCAGUGAGUGUAAUUUACGCCUAUCUCCUAUCUGGUUCUGUUGUGCAGGAGGGACCUGCCAUGCAGUGACUUUAAUAUACGGGAGACUUAUGACAAACAAACAGCUGCGCCAGGGACAUUUGCGCUGUUCUUGUUAUUAGUACGUGACUGGCGUGAGAAGAGAAGUCGAUGUUGCUCACGUCUUUGCAUUUUAUAGCGACAGUCUUCCCGCCUGGUCAACAGUGAACAUCUUUGACGGAUUGCAUUUGUAUUUUGGGUGGUCGAUGGGUUUUGCUUCUUGGAGUUAAAGUGGUCGCGGGAGUAUCUGAAUCCUUCUUAUUCUUAAGUAUGUUGAAAAUAAGGGCAGGCCAGAGAUCCCCCAUUUUCUAGUAACAAAAUAUAACUAGACAUUAUUAUAACUGAGCAUCAGGUGGGUAGAAAAGUUCGGAGGUAACGUUGUGCCUGGCACCAAGACUGCCCAAAUGAUAGCUUGAAACGGCUUGCAUGAACUCCACUUUCACUCCUGUCAUGACGAACCCAUCGCUAAAUUGGUCGUAGAUUUAAACGGCAGACAAUGUAUGAUAAACUAGUCGGUUUGGUUAAAUUAUAUGAUUGCCUCUUAUAAUCGUUUUAAGCAGGGAUGACCCGCUUACGCCGAUGGCAUUGGUUUGUUUUUAAAAAGCUGGCACGGCAGUUUUCAUCGAAGUCGGUUAACUUAGGGAUGUGAGUUCACAGUGCUGACAGGCGGAAAGAGGUUGAUAGAAGAAUUAGCUGCUGACUGACGCAGUGGGGGCGUUGUUUUGGUGGUGAUGGUAAUGAUGAGGUGCUGUACGGUCGUAACUUCACGUUUUUGACGAAUCACAAGCCAUUUCUGUCAAUCUUUGGAUUGAAGUAAGGAAUUCCCGUCUAUCCAGCGAACCGCCUUCAGGGAUGGACAAUCAUCAUUCUUGGCUACGAUUUCGACAUUCGCUGCUGUCGCACUACCGACUUUAGUCAGGCUGACGCCCUUACACACCUCAUCUGCAAUCAGCAGGAACCUGAGGAAGACACUGUGAUUGUCACUAUUUCGAUUGAGGACGAUGUGCGCCGUCAGCUAUCCGACGCCUUACGAGGUAUCUCUGUCACUGUCGCGGACCUCCGACGUGCUUCUCAGCAGGAUUCUGUCCUCCGUCAGGCCAUCACCUACGUGCAGACCUGUUGGCCAGUCACUGCUCUCGCUGGCGAUCUCCACCGGCUCUUCCUGCGCCGAGCUGUACUACGCCAGUUUCAUGCGACACAUUCUGGUACAAGUCAAAUGUAG